AAAAUAAAUGAAAUCAAGAGGGGGAUAGAGAAAGAGAGCUCUUUGCUCUAUUUUAACACGGUUGGCGUCCUUCUCUCAGUGUCCUUGUCUUUCCUUACAUGAAUAAAAAGCCCAAGUAGUAGCAGAGAGAGUUCACAGUCCACUCUCCUCAGCACCCUCCUACCCAAAAAUAGUCAAACAUGAUGCAACAAGAGGCAUCAUCUCUGGCUCCUCCUCCUGCUAACCCUCUUAACCUUUCUCUCACUCUCUCUCCUUCUCAUGAGUACUCCUCUUCAUCUUCUUCAUCUCCAUCAUGGCCAACAUCCACCAUUAACGUCGAUGGCCGAGACGUUAGGCUCUUCCCCUGCCUCUUCUGCAACAAGAAGUUCCUCAAGUCCCAGGCCCUCGGCGGCCACCAGAAUGCCCACAAGAAGGAGAGGAGUGUGGGAUGGAAUGCUCAGUUGUACUAUCCCUCCAUCCAUACCGCUAACGGUCACCAUCCCUUUGCUAUUGGCUCUCAUUCCUUGAGGGCUAACUACGGGUACGGGUAUGACCCGGAUGCACGGUACACGGGACCCAAUGUGGAAUGCGGGGAGACGGUGAUGGUGGCGUCGAUGGCGGAGGUAGAUCGUCAGAAUUGGGAGAGGGGGUUUCAUCAAAAGGAGGUUGAUGAUGAUGGUAGUGGUAAAGGUUAUAAUUAUGUUGGUUGUGAGGAUGCUAGUUAUUCUAUUAGUGGUGAGGAGAUCAGUGAGACUAACAUUGAUCUCUCCUUGAGGCUUUAGGUGUGUCAUUUGAGUAAGUAGAGUUGGUAAUGUGCUAACUAGCUAGUAGUUAUUUACUAUUGAAUAUGUGUUUAGUGAGAGAGGGGGAGAGGGAGAUAGAGAGAGAGAGAGAGAGAGAGAGAGAGAGAGAGUUGUGAAUGUAUGUAUGCAUGUAUGUAUGUGAGAGAGAGAGAGGGGUGUGUGAGUUGAGUUCUUGCUUUAAUUAGUUUGGUUUGGAGUUGAAAUGAUUGUUCUUUUGUUGAGAUUUAGGCUUAUACCUUGCUAAAGGAUUGGAUGGAAUUUGAUCUGUGAUGUUUUUUCUACCUUUGGUGAGGGGGGAGAGAGUAUACAAGCAUGUGAUGCAUUUUGGCUUGUGUUUGGUUGUGGUGGUGGGGAUAUGAUUAUAAUGUAAUGGAUGUACGUUUCUGAGGUUGUAACAUCAU